AGCGGAAGGGCGGGAUGAGAGAGACCCUGGGAGCUGGUGCUCCGGCAGCUUUGGCUACAAGAGGCCUUGAUGUGGAAGCUAGCGCUGUCGCUUUCUCUGCCGUUGUUACAUGUUUAAAAAAAGAAGAAAAUAAUUGCAACUCAGUGCUCGGCCGGAGUUACAGUUUUUGCGGUUUCGUCUCUUCAAUGACUGCAAGUAUUGGCAGAAUGGAGACACGUAUGCACAUUUCUGAAAGCUAACUUCCAAUUUGGCUCAGAAAAACAGUGGAGUGGAGCUUUGUGUGAGGAGGCCCAGCUUGAGCAUGGAGCAGGUGGAGCACAUGGGUGUUGAGAGCCCUACGCAGUCCUCUCUGCAAAGGUCAGAAGUAACAGGUUGCCAGGUGGAGGAGGAGGAGGACAUUGGGAGGACCGCACGACGGAAGAGGAGGAAGAGGGAAGCGCGUCCAGAGUCCAUCAUUGUGUACCGCUCUGAGGCAGACAGGGUGGCAGAGGAGGAACCGGGAGGAGAGGAGGCAGCGGAGAAGAGCUUGGAGGAGGGGGAUAAGUUCCUCUCUACCCCCACAGGGGAAGGUUGGAGCUUGCCCGCGGACAGCCGGUACGUGACUCUGACGGGCACCAUCACUCGGGGGAAGAAGAAGGGUCAGGUGGUGGACAUCCACGUGACCCUCACCGAGAAGGAGCUGCGCGAGCUGACCCGGUCCAAGGAGCGCCUGGACGCCGAGUGCGAGCACGACGCGGACGCCGAGCGCGGCUGUGGCCUGGGCCUCGGCCAGGGCCCCCACGUGGUGCUGUGGAGCCUCUCCUGCGCCCCCGUGGUCUUCCUCCUCUCCUUCGUCACCUCCUUCUACUAUGGCACGCUCACCUGGUACAACGUCUUCCUGGUGUACAACGAGGAGCGGACGUUCCUGCACAAGAUCACCCUCUGCCCCUUCCUCAUCAUCUUCUACCCCGUGCUGAUCAUGGCGGUGUCGCUCUCCCUGGCGCUGUACGCGGCGGUGGUGCAGGUGUCCUGGGGCUUCAGGGAGUGGUGGCUGGCUGUGCGGGACCUGGAGAAGGGCUUCUGCGGCUGGGCCUGCGGGAAGCUGGGGCUGGAGGACUGCUCCCCAUACAGCAUAGUGGAGCUGCUGGACUCUAACACCAUCUCCGGGAGCCUCCAGAGCAAGGCGACCGACGAGAGCCUGCAGACCACCUCUGUGUGACUGACCCCGCCCACACAGAACCACAGACGCUCCAGCGGACGGGCACCCUCCACAGCGCUGAGGGAAGAGCUAUGGGAGUUUGUUUCUUUCUUCUUCUUGGAAUUCCAAUGUAUCCUGCUAGCCCCUACACUGUUAAGAUCCUCAGCAAAUUUAUAUUUUUUCAAACAGGCCUCUUAAUGUAACUGGUAACAACUCUUAACAGAGCAAGCACAAUUCAAGAUUGUUUUAGAGAAUUUUCCUUGUGGGUUUUGGGCGUCAGUUCAUGGGAUACAAGUCAAUUUGUGUGUGUGUGUGUGUGUUGGGGAAGGGAGGGCAGGGUGAGGGUGUCAGUGUGGUGUUUUUAAACUCGGUAUGUGAGAGGGGUUUUCUGUGUAAUUUAUUUAGGCUCAUGAGUGGAUGUCGUCAGUGUUUUUUUUUUUUUAGUUACUGAGUAUUGCUGACUAUAUUUAACAUAACAUCAUAAUCUAUUAUUUGUCUCAUUGUUCAGUCAUUCAAUGGAUUAUUGAACUAUUUAAAUGGCACAUACUGAAGAAAUUCAUUUGAAUAAGUCUUAUUCAUAAAGAGAGAUGUGAUAUUCGAUUAACCUUACUAUUUAUUUUACUGUGAACUUUUGGAAAGCUUGGUAUUUUUUCAGAAGCUAAUAGAGGCAGCAAUAUUGAAUACAAGAUGCUUACAUUUGAGCUCUCUCCUUUCCUUUUGUGGAUAUGGGAUUGGAUCAUUGUAUUUUACAUUGGUACAAUUUGCUUUGCAGUUUACUCCCUACACUGGAUAACUUGCAAGCUAUAAUUCGAGUUAAACAUUAGUCAUUGGGUGCAUGUAACAUCAUUAUAAAUAUUUAUUUGGGAUUCACAUAUCCAUAUCCGUUCAGUAUCUGAAAUAUUCUGAGCCUACAUGGUCACAUGUCAACAUGGAUUGCAUGGGUAUGCUGCUUCUGUAUGUUUUAUGCAUUUUAGUUUGUGUAGGCCUAACCUCUGUGUAAAUCCUUAUCCUAGUGACAUCAUCGUGGGCACUCUCUAAUUGCCCUAAUCAGUGUUAAGUCAAAGGAACACAAUUAUAUAAUUAAGGAUCAACUAAAGAGCUUGCCAAGAUGGUGCAGAUCUCCAAACUAAAGGUGCUAUAGUUGUCCAAAAUUAGCUGGUGUUGAUGCAAGUUUAUUUUUCCUGUCUAGCGUAAAUUACCCAGUUUACCUAGUUCAGCAAGGUCUUGAUUGAGGACCUUGACUAGUUAGUUUGAUCAGGUGUUGUCGUGCUGGACUGGAUCUGGCAGCCAUAUCUGCUCUUCAUGGAUCCGUUUGGGCACCCCUAUGGUAGGGCUAGGUGAAAUGGCCAAAAUGAGAUUUUUCAUAUUGUUGACGGUAUUUGGCUUUCAAUACAAAUUACACAAGUAAACUGAAAUGUGCUGUAACUGUAGAAAAAUAAGGAUCAAUCAAAAUGUAACAAUAAUAUCUGCAACCUGCAGAUAUUAGGCUACUAUACAAAAUAUUCAAGGAAAUGUUUUUGUUUUGCUUUUUAAUCCAGGCCUUCUCCAGACAUUUAUAUUGAGGACCAAAAUAUCCAUCCAGGAGGGAUUUCUAAAUUCCUAAAGUGGCUUUAACUGACUCUUCUUUUUAAUUGGUUAUACUAAUCAUCUGUUGUACUUGGUCAGUGUUGUGAGUCUGAAGCCAGGCUGCCCCAUUGCAGCUUUUGCACGCAUACUGACAUUCCAGGUGGUCUAAAGGGUACAGAACCUCAUUUAUGCAUUUAGAACUCAAGCACAGUCCACCUCUAACUGCAAAGUGCUGGGAGUGUUAUUUUAAUAAUCUGUUUAAUAUAGACAGACAGAUAUUUUACUUGUUUUCCAUUGGGCUGUAUUUAAGCUAUUUAUUUAAUUUAUUUGAAUUGGAAGCAUGUGAGAGCUAUGUCCUCCCAGGCAAUAUCUUAAAACAUCCGGGUUCCCACUGUAGCUGGGCCAUGGGGGAACCAAAGUAGGGCAAAAUGCCAUCUCUUAUUGAUGUGAAGGCUAGCAUGCAUAGAUAACUUAAUUGCACAUUCACUUUAACUGGCCUAAUUAGGGCAUGGUGGUGUGUAGCGUGCACUAUGGGUAGGUUUCUCUUCAGGAAUUAGGUCAUCUGAUUGGUGGAAUUUGCGUCGGAGGCUUUUAUGGUUAAGAAAUACAUUUAUUUCUAAUCAGAGUUCUGAAUGUUGGGACAUAACUCGCAUGCAUGUUGGAGCCUUUUCAGUAAUUCCUGUGCAAACCAUGGCACUCAGUGAACUCGUACUAUUCGCACACAAAGAAUGAAGGAGAAUUCUCUUUAAAAAGGCCUCGGCCGACUGCAGUAAACACUAUAUUUUUCUCACAGACCCAGGUCACUGAGCCUUACGCUACUCGUAUAAUCACUGUCUAUGCCCUGUUGUCUUAACCCAGAGCUAUAAUUCAGAUAGAUUUAUCUCUGUGACGUGUGCAUAUUUGUAAUUAAUGGGUGUUUUAUUUAUUUCGCUUCUCUAAGAUUCUGCUCAUGUAUUAUUAAACACAAUGAAAUAAAAACGAUCAAUUUGCGUGAA